UACCUCUCGCUGAGUCAAAGCGAAAGACAUUCUAAUACAAGACUGGCGACAUUCCUCUUAACUUGCCUUUCAGAUCUCAUAAUGUGUAUUAUAACAGAAGAAAACUAAUAUCUCAUUCGUUUCAAUGAACGAGAUCGCGCAUCGAGACUACAGUAGGGAAGCGUCAGAUUACGCUUUUUUUGGAGUGUAAAGCAGUGCAACUUUCUAUCUUUUUCAAGAGGAGAGGAAAAUAUCGGUCUCGAGAGCAUCGUGGUUCUCACUGGACCGGAGUGUCAUGCUCUUAGUCAGUCAGAGGAUCCAAUGAAAAUGUCCGUCUGCACGCAUGAGAACCGCAAAUCCUGCCUCAGCUCAGCGUCCAUGAACAUCUUCCUGUUUCACAAGUCAUCGUACGCGGACAGCGUCCUUACGCACCUCAACGCGCUCCGGCAGCAGCAGCUCUUCACUGAUGUCCUCCUCCACGCUGGGAGACGCUCCUUCCCCUGCCACCGUGCUGUGCUGGCUGCAUGCAGUCGCUACUUCCAGGCCAUGUUCAGCGGAGGUCUCCGGGAGAGCCAGGCCAGCGAGGUGGACUUCAGGGACUCAAUCCACCCAGAGGUCCUGGAGCUCUUACUAGACUAUGCCUACACCUCCCGGGUGGUGAUCAACGAGGAGAAUGCAGAGUCCCUCCUGGAGGCCGGAGACAUGCUGGAGUUCCAGGACAUCCGGGACGCCUGCGCUGAGUUUCUGGAGCGGAACUUGGCUACGUCCAAUUGCCUGGGCAUGCUGCUGCUGUCCGACGCCCACCAGUGCACCAAGCUGUCCGAGCUCUCCUGGGGAAUGUGCCUCAGCAACUUCCCCACCAUCUGCAAGACGGAGGACUUCCUUCAGCUGCCCAAGGACAUGGUGGUGACGCUGCUGUCCCAUGAAGAGUUAGAGACGGAGGACGAGAGGCUGGUCUACGAGGCCGCCCUCAACUGGGUCAACUAUGACCUGGAGAGGAGGCACUGCCACCUCCCCGAGCUGCUGAGGACGGUCCGCCUGGCCCUCCUCCCCACCAUCUUCCUCAUGGAGAACGUGUCCACAGAGGAGCUAAUCAAUGCCCAGACGAAGAGCAAGGAGCUGGUGGACGAGGCCAUACGCUAUAAACUCAGGAUCCUCCAGAACGAUGGUGUGGUCAACAGCCCCCUGGCAAGGCCCAGGAAGACCAGCCACGCCCUGUUCCUCUUGGGAGGACAGACCUUCAUGUGUGACAAGCUGUACCUGGUAGACCAGAAGGCCAAGGAGAUCAUACCCAAGGCCGACAUCCCCAGCCCCAGGAAGGAGUUCAGCGCUUGCGCCAUCAGCUGUAAGGUCUACGUAACCGGCGGGAGGGGCUCAGAGAACGGUGUGUCCAAAGACGUGUGGGUCUACGAUACGUCCCGCGAGGAAUGGUCCAAGGCGGCGCCUAUGAUCAUCGCCCGCUUCGGCCACGGAUCAGCCGAGCUCAAAAACUGCCUCUACGUGGUUGGAGGACACACAGCGGGUACAGGCUGUCUCCCCGCCUCGCCCUCUGGGUCACUCAAACAGGUCGAGAAGUACGACCCGGUUUCCAACAAGUGGUGCAUGGUGGCGCCGCUGAGGGAGGGCGUGAGCAACGCGGCGGUGGUCAGUGUCAAACUCAAACUCUUCGCCUUUGGAGGAACCAGCGUCACCCACGACAAAUUACCCAAGGUGCAGCUCUACGACCCGCAGGAGAAUAGGUGGUCUGUCCCUGCCUCCUGCCCACAGCCCUGGCGAUACACGGCCGCCGCCGUCCUCAACAACCAGAUCUUUGUGAUGGGCGGCGACACAGAGUUCUCGGCGUGCUCUGCCUAUAAGUUCAACAGCGACAGUUACCAAUGGACUAAAGUAGCAGAUGUGACAGCCAAGAGGAUGAGCUGCCAGGCAGUGGCAUCAGGUAACAAACUGUACGUGGUGGGAGGCUACUUUGGCACUCAGCGGUGUAAGACUCUGGACUGUUACGAUCCAACACUGGACGCGUGGAACAGCAUCACUACCGUACCCUACUCACUCAUCCCCACAGCAUUCGUCUCCACCUGGAAACACCUCCCAGACUGAGGACUGGACUCAGACACAAUGUCGAGUAUCGGCCUCACGGCCUCGUCGCUAUACUGGAUUAUCUAUUCGAUUAAAGACUGUGAAGGUGCCAGAUAUUCAAUGUGAGGAGGGCAAGAAAGCUUUACCGUUUAACAUGAAGGACUGCAUGCAGGUGGACUAUCUUAUUGGAGUAAAGAAACCUGUGGUGUUUACAUGAAGGAUGAAUAUAAUAUAUCUCUACUUUAUAUUCCUUCAUUUGUGUUUCCUUAUUUGACUUUAAAGACUAUUUAAUAACUCAAUCAUUCCUAAUAUGUUGUGGGCCUAGUGUAUUUGGAGCAAUCAAGCCACUUAGACAGUGUUUACACAAUUCUGGUCUUUAGUGCAAUUAUUGUCAAAAGAGCUGAUCUGAUUUGGUCAAAAUACCAAUGAAUGGAAAGAGAAUAAGAAUUGGGCUGACUGUAAAUGCAGCCGAUGUCACGUGGAUUCUCACAAGUGAGGUAGGUAGACUAGGUGAAAAAUCUGUUGACGUGCCCUUGAGCAAGGUACUGAUUGCUCCUGUAAGUUUCUCUGCAUAAGGGCGUCUGCUAAAAUGUAAGUGAAUUCCAGUUGUUUUUUGGACUUCAAAAUAACCCAUAAGGACUCAUGGUUAGAGACAUGCCAAAAAUGCACAUGUGGCAGUGGAGAGAUCAGAAAUCGACUGUGUUGUUACUGACAUGCAACUGUGGGACAAGACCAGUAAAAGAGGAGGAAAGUAGAAGCAGAGAAGAACCUCACAAUCCCUGGCAGGUCAUGUAGGAGAAAUGUACUGAACAUGUUCUUUCUCCUUUAUAAGGGAAGGGGUAUUUACCUUACGCAGGGACUCAUUCUAUUGUUUGAACUGGAUGAUUUUUUAACUUAUUGUGUUUUUUAUUUUUGCUGCAUGUAUUCUGUAACAAAAUUAUGUCACUUUGUUGCCUUUUUCUAUGGUAUUUUUUUUGUGUGUGAUUUUACUGCUUCGAGAUUGAAUAAUUGUUUGCACAUGUAUGCCUCUGAUCUGGGAGUAUCCCCAUUCCUUGUAGACAUGGUAGAAGAGGAGCUGCCUCUGAUCUGGGAGUAUCCCCAUUCCUUGUAGACAUGGUAGAAGAGGAGCUGCCUCUGAUCUGGGAGUAUCCCCAUUCCUUGUAGACAUGGUAGAAGAGGAGCUGCCUCUGAUCUGGGAGUAUCCCCAUUCCUUGUAGACAUGGUAGAAGAGGAGCUGCCUCUGAUCUGGGAGUAUCCCCAUUCCUUGUAGACAUGGUAGAAGAGGAGCUGCCUCUGAUCUGGGAGUAUCCCCAUUCCUUGUAGACAUGGUAGAAGAGGAGCUGCCUCUGAUCUGGGAGUAUCCCCAUUCCUUGUAGACAUGGUAGAAGAGGAGCUGCCUCUGAUCUGGGAGUAUCCCCAUUCCUUGUAGACAUGGUAGAAGAGGAGCUGCCUCUGAUCUGGGAGUAUCCCCAUUCCUUGUAGACAUGGUAGAAGAGGAGCUUCCUCUGAUCUGGGAGUAUCCCCAUUCCUUGUAGACAUGGUAGAAGAGGAGCUGCCUCUGAUCUGGGAGUAUCCCCAUUCCUUGUAGACAUGGUAGAAGAGGAGCUUCCUCUGAUCUGGGAGUAUCCCCAAUCCUUGUAGACAUGGUAGAAGAGGAGCUUCCUCUGAUCUGGGAGUAUCCCCAUUCCUUGUAGACAUGGUAGAAGAGGAGCUGCCUCUGAUCUGGGAGUAUCCCCAUUCCUUGUAGACAUGGUAGAAGAGGAGCUUCCUCUGAUCGGGGAGUAUCCCCAUUCCUUGUAGACAUGGUAGAAGAGGAGAUGCCUCUGAUCUGGGAGUAUCCCCAUUCCUUGUAGACAUGGUAGAAGAGGAGCUUCCUCUGAUCUGGGAGUAUCCCCAUUCCUUGUAGACAUGGUAGAAGAGGAGAUGCCUCUGACCUGGGAGUAUCCCCAUUCCUUGUAGACAUGGUAGAAGAGGAGCUGCCUCUGAUCUGGGAGUAUCCCCAUUCCUUGUAGACAUGGUAGAAGAGGAGCUGCCUCUGCUUUUCAUUUAACUGGAGGCUUGCCAAAUAAAAUGGAGACCCUGAAGAGAUAUUGUAGGUUUAGCUAAGCAACAAAUGGCACCCUAUUCCCUAUAUAGUGCACUACUAUUGACCAGAGCCCUAUUCCCUAUAUAGUGGUACUACUAUAGACCAGAGCCCUAUUCCCUAUAUA